CGGAAAAAUCGGGUGACGAGAAUGACCACGACACGACAUCACCCGAGCAAAAGACCGCUCGUCCCACCGACAAAAAGAAAGAGGAAGAGCAGCACUCCAAAACUACAACCCGACACCAAGAAUCCACCUACCACGAGCUCGAGUCCGCCCUGCUAGCGGACCCGCGGAGUAACUUGCGGAAGAAGCUGGUGGAUUUGCAAUUACCGAACGAAAGCCUGGAAAAACUGAGCCGCAUCCUGUUUGUGUACACCAACGGGCUGCAUUCCGCGUUUAACUCCUUACUGGAGGAUGCAAAUAAAUCGUUUGCCGCACCAACGGGGACGGGAACCGGCGGACCAGGAAGCCCUAGAAGCACUGCUGCAGGAGCGUCGUCUACUGUCCUACCGGCUGGCCGACACAAUGAGGAAACACUAGGGCUUCUCUGGCGCGUGUAUCUUGCGGCUCUGGACAAAACGGUAGGGGGCUUGGAUUGCGGACCCGAAAUUUCUUGGUUCGACAGAAAUUUCGACUGGAUCGUGAGCGAAUUUCACGAGAAAGCGAUGAAUUCGCUGAAGGAACACGGUGCAAGAGCAGGUCACGAAUCUUUCGAACAACACGACACUGUUUUGGAGCGCCUGCUGGAUCAGCAGUUCUUGAACGAAGCGAAGAGUACUGCGCCCAAGAAGACAACGAGAAAAGCGACUGUUUCACAACCCGACGAGAAGAUGGUGCCCGGUACAGCUGCUGUUGUCGGUGUGCCGACAUCUUCUCCGAGUGCAGCUUCCGAGCAGGUAGCUGAUGACAGCCAAGUAGGAACAAAGACUCUGACCUCCGCUGUUUCUGAAGACAGGAGUACUAAGGACCCCGGUGCGGAAAAACAAGAUCCGCAACAACUUGGCAAACAAAGCGAAAAAGAAACGAAAACAAGAAGUGCGACCACCCUUGAUUCCGCUUCGGUGGGAGUAUUAAAUGCGAAUAACGAGAAAGAGCAGCAGAAAAAGCAGAGCAUCAUCCUCCCGCUUUCCGCUUUUCUGAAGCAGGACGAGAAGAAGCGGAUUUCCCAGUAUGUGCAGAACGCAACCACGACUUUCCGCCAAUUAGAGAACAAAAUCGAGUCCCUGGAGCAAACGGUUUUCGAACUCGAAACAAAGGACUACGCCCUAGAAAAUGAUCAACUACAGACAAAAGUCGCCGAGUUGGAGAAAAAACUGCACGAAACCGAAACCGAGUUAGACUUCGAGACGAAAGCGAAGGUGAAGCAGAAGAGACAGCACGACCAGCUACUGACCCUGUUCGGCGAGAUUUCCAAAGAUUUGGAAAAGGAACGGAAUCUGAAUUCCAGAUUAGUGCAAACGGUGGACGCAAUGGAAAACACCUCCGCCGUUUUGUACGCACCAUCCAGGGGCGGAAUCCCACCACCGAACAUGAUGGGCGGCG